UCCAUCUGCGCAUGUGCUCUGACCCAGCUGGAAACAAUGGCUGCUCUGGGAAGGAACUUUUUCAGCCUAGUCGCUCGGGGCACUUUAGGCCUUCCAGGUCACCAUGUCAGGUGCCUCCACGGAUCAGCACCUAACGAGAAUGCCAUCCAAGCUCCAGUUUCCAAGCCAAAGUCUCGCACAAAAUGCACCCUGAUCCCUGGCGAUGGUGUUGGCCCGGAGCUCAUGUAUGCCAUGACAGAAGUUUUCAAGGCGGCUGGAGUGCCAGUGGACUUUGAGCAGUUCUUCUUCAGCGAAGUAAACCAGCUGAUGAGUGCGCCCUUGGAGGACGUUGCCGCCUCCAUUGCCAAGAACGGCAUCUGCCUCAAGGGCAUCCUGUCCACACCUGACUACAGCCGAACCGGCGAACUGCAGACCCUGAACAUGAAACUGCGCAGAGAGCUUGACCUUUUCGCUAAUGUGGUGCACGUCAGGUCUCUGCCAGGCGUAAAGAGCAGACAUCAGAACAUCGACACUGUUGUCAUUCGAGAGCAGAUUGAAGGCGAAUAUUCUGCUUUGGAACAUGAAACUGUCAAGGGUGUUGUCGAGUGCUUGAAAAUCGUUACCAGGAAAAAUUCCUCACGCAUUGCUAAAUUUGCGUUUGAUUACGCAACAAGAAAUAACCGCAAGAAGGUCACUGCUGUGCACAAAGCCAACAUCAUGAAAUUAGGUGACGGUCUUUUCCUUCGAAGCUGCCAAGAAGUUGCAAAGCUUUACCCAAAGAUCCAGUUUGAAGCGAUGAUUGUGGACAACUGCACCAUGCAAAUGGUGUCCAACCCAAGACAAUUCGACGUUCUUGUGAUGCCCAACUUGUACGGCAACAUUAUUGACAACUUGGCUGCUGGUCUGGUUGGUGGUGCUGGAGUCGUCGCUGGUGCCUCUUACAGUGCAAAAUGCGUCGUUUUUGAGCCUGGUGCACGACACACUUUCUCCGAGGCUGUGGGCAAGAAUGUGGCCAACCCAACAGCUAUGCUGCUGUGCGGUGCUAAAAUGUUGAACCACGUCAACCUUCAGUUUUACGGAGACAUGAUCAGAAGUGCUGUCGAUAGAGUGCUGAAGGCUGGAAAGGUGCGCACCAAAGACUUGGGCGGUCAGUCGACCACCAACGAGUUCACUUUCGCCAUCAUCAACAACCUUAAGUAGAUCUUCGAAUCUUCUCUCUCCCUCGAAAUAAUUCAAAGUAGUCAUUAAUUGUUGGUACUAUACAAAAGCCUCUACAAAUCCAAAGAAUGAAAGAAAAUCUUGCCUGGCGCACGAACAACCUCAGACAGUAUUCUACAGUUAAGUUUCUUUUACUUUAUUUAUAAACACUUGAGUCUAGUCGCAACAACGCUCAGAAUGUUAACCUAAUUACCAAGAAUGACAGAAAAGUUAAUAAUAAUAAAGAGGCUGUUAUACUGUUGGCAGUUGUAAAAAAACGUGAAAAA